AUGCACUUCGUGAACCGCCUCCCUCUCACCGAGGACUCCUGCUAUGAGAUCACGAAGCUCGAGCUGCGCUCUGACGAAGACCACGAAAUCAUCGACGACGAUCUCGCCCACAUCCUUCCAUACUGCCCCAACCUUGAAUUCGUCAGUCUUUCAGGCGUACCCGACCUCACCGAUCGCACCGUAAUCAUACUCGCCCACACAGCUCCACUGCUACGUGAACUCGACCUCUCCGGCUGUACACAGGUGACGGAUCUCUCCAUUGGGGAGCUAGUGUCGGUCGCGACAGAUCUGGAGGUCGUCAGGCUGAACGGGAUCAAGAUGCUGACAGACUCGUCAGUGUCCACGCUGGCACGGUGUCUCGUCAACUUACUUGAACUCGAACUCUCUGAUCUACCUCUGCUCACCCCGGCGUCCAUCCGAGACAUCUGGACAUUCUCGAUGAAGCUGCAGCGCCUAAAGCUUGCCGGAUGCAUUUACCUCACAGACAAGGCUUUCCCGUCAUCAUCCCGCUCCUCCAUCGCCAUAAGCGGGACACCUGCCUCCGCGCAGACCCCCUCCCGCACAAGCAACAACAUCCCUUCUUCCAACAGCAUAAAACAGCCUGCAUGGCCGGAGAACAUGCCCCCUCUGCUGUUCUCCUCUGCACACAAGCUGUCAAAUCUUCGUGUGCUCGACGUGAGUCACUGUGCGCGGCUAACAGACGCCGCAAUCGCUGGAAUUGUCGCGCACGCGCCGCGCAUCCGGGACAUCAACCUGUCUGACUGCACGGCGCUCACCGACGCCGCCGCCGAGGCCGUCGCGACCCUCGGUUCGCGCCUGACCGUGCUCGCAAUGGCACGCGUGGAUCGGCUCACGGACCGUGGCAUCGUGGGUAUCGUGCGCGCAUGCACCAAGCUCAAAUCCGUGGACGCAAGCUUCAACCCGCUUCUGACGGAUCUCGCAGUGCUGGAGCUUGUGACCUUACCGCUUCUACAGCGGUUGUCGAUCGCGGGCCUCUCGCAUCUCACGGAUAACGCGUUGCUCUUCCUUGCGGAGCACGCACCGUCGCUCGAGCGCCUGCAUCUCUCGCACUGCAGGAACUUAUCGCUGGAUGCGAUACAUGUCGUGCUCCAGAAGCUGACCAAGCUCGAGCAUCUGAGCGCAUCUAGCGUACCGGCACUGAAGCGCGUCGGCGUGGAGCGCUUCUCGGAGCGCCCUCCGAGGGACUAUAGCAGGUCGAAGCAGGGCGUCUACCGAGUCUUUUUGGGCGACAACAUCCAGGCUCUGGCGAAGUUUCUCGACAAGGAGCAGGCGCGGCGCCGAGCAGCGGAAGAGAAGAACGUCAUAUUCGUGCCGCGGGCAGAUGACAGCCUCGAUCUGUACUAG